UUUUCUUUUCUUCUUUUUCUUAUUUCAAAAGUCCCAGGGGGCCUGGGAACGAGCAGUUAUUUUAGAGUAGGAUUUGGGCUGAAGUCUGUUAGAUCCAAUAUGGCGGCGACGAGAAAACAAAAUACACAGAGUUUAGAACAAGAAGACGAAGCCAUGAGUGGAGGGAAAGCCGUAGUUAAAGAUCCAGCAGAGGUUUCUUCUGAGCCCGUGUUAGAAGAACCUUCUGGAUUAGAUGAACCCAAAGCUUCCGGUGGCGAAGUGCUGUCUUUGAAAGAUUGUUGCAAGGAGGCGUUCGAGAAGAUAACAGAGUACUUGAACGGCGAACUAGCUGGUUCAAUACAGGACUAUGUUCUUCUUGAAAAGCUGAAUAAGUUGACAGUUACAAAAUAUAGUGAAAUGUCAGACACUGCAAAGACUCUCAUCACAGUCAUGGAGGAGCUGGACAAGAAAUAUAAAAGCCUGGAGCCAUAUUUGGAGCAGAUUGAUAAAGUAGAGGACAGUGUUGCAAGCCUUGAACAAGCUGCAUACAGAUUAGAUGCAUAUUCCAAGAGACUAGAAGCCAAAUUCAAGAAGUUGGAAAGAAGAUGAUACCAGACCAGCCAUUAACUGUCAUCACACAAACUAACAGACAUAAACUAACUGUUUUCUAUUGCAUUACAGAUUUAAAAAAAUUAUGGUAUCAAAUGGGAACAAAAGCUGGCUAUGACACUUGUUGUAAAAACUUAAUGCUUUGAUACCUAAUAACAAUCAACUUCUUGUUUCAAGCAGAUAGGCAAUUGAUGAGUUAAAAAAAAAUUCACCACUGAGGGGGCUAUAGAUAUUUCUCCAAAGAGGGUCAAAUGUGAUUUUGGAGUGGGGAGAAUCUGCUGAGCAUUGUGAGUGCACGUGAAAUGUUACAUGAAGAGUGACAGCACCUGAUCGAUCCACUUGACUUUGUGCCUGCACUCACCUUGCACAGCAGAUUUCUCUAACAAAUGUCUGAAUAUCUGUGGAGGAGAGAGCAAAGGGGCAUGCUGUUGAUGUAGCACCAAAUGUUGUGAGCUUAAUGUACCUGAAUACAUGAGAACAAGUAUAGGCCUGAUCCCAGCUUGACCCAAGACAGUUUUUGAUACUCAGGAAGACAGUAAAUCAGACGGCAAAUUUUAGACAAAGUCAUUCAUAGAGUCAAAAUGUAAGAGUACAAAUGUGGGGAGUGAAAAUAUCAUAAUUUAUUUAGGUUUUUAAUUAAAACUUUUGUGAACCUGGCUCCAUAAAAUGCUCAAAGUACACUGUUAAGGAAGUAGACACUUGUGUCACAGUGUGUGUCGACUUUUAUGCUAAGGUUAUUCUAGCAAUCUAUUUGCCAGCAAGACAGGGCUGUCAAUAAGGGCUGUAACCUAUAGCACCUGUUAUGGCUGUGCAUGCUUGAUGGACCCUUGAUGGUAUGGAAGAACUUGCCUGUAGCUGGUACAAUUCACCCAUAAAGUGACAAGUUUGUUAUGGGUGUGAAGAUCAAGGCUACAGGUGAUUGAAAACUUAAUGACAGCCCUGGCAAGAGGUGUUGUGGCUGGUUUCACUAGUGCAUUAGCCUAAGCGUAAGUAAAGCAGCACUCAAAGCUGAAGUAUGGUAAAGUCGCAUGUUUUGCUUAGGAAAUUUUCGAAAAAAAAAAGUUGCAGAUUAUUAACAUCUUAUUGUGUCUUUCUUACUGUACUAUGCGCUCCUAGUGAAAACCAGCAGUAAAAAAUAUGGACUUAAUGAAAA